UGAGAAUUGGGCAAUUGUGAGUUUCCGGAAAAUUAUAAUGAGAUGAAGAAAAAGGAGAAGAAAAGGAGGGAAAAAAGAGGAGUCAAAGGAGGAAGCAAACAGCAAGAGAAUCUGGAAGGGUCCUGAAACCAAUCCCCAUGGGGCAACCACAUUGGCUGGGGUUGCCUUUUACCUUUUAAGAGGGUGCCAGGUUGAGGGAGACAUCCAUCAGCAAGCUGCAGGCGCAGACAGGCGUGGCCCUGAGCAAUGGAUCCCUGGCAGUUGCUGUGCGUGAUAAACCCACAAUUCGACUGAGGAAGGUACCCUACCUUGGCGUUCGUGUCUUUUCGUGUCGUGAAAGAACAGCUUUUGUCAACCCCACCCCAGCUUUUGUGGCAGAUGAUCCAGCCGCGGAUAUGACGGUCCGAAGUACAAACACGGCCAUUGAGAGGCAUAUCCCUUCUACCUACCUAAGGUAUUCAUCAGUUUCACCGUGCAUUGUAGCUGACACGAGAGGAGAGAGUCUAAGCUAUGAGUGGAACGAAAAGCGACAACCCAUGUUCUAGGUUGGGGUAUAUAAGAGCGUCUUGUGAUGCUAGAGAAACAUGAUCUUCUCCUCCCUCUCUUCCAAUCCAACAUCCUCCUCCUCCACUCAACUGUAACCUGUGGCCUUCAACUCUUGUUUCUUUCGUUUCAGCUGGCCUGAUAACUAGCUCUCUCGAACCACGACUCAGAUCAGUCCACACUUGAAGGGCUGAUAGCCAGCCUGAUUCACAAUGUCUCUCCCCAAGGACUUCCAAUGGGGCUUCGCCACCGCCUCGUAUCAGAUUGAAGGUGCUAUCGAUAAGGACGGUCGUGGCCCUGCUAACUGGGAUACCUUCUGCGCUAAGCCUGGCAAGAUCGCAGACGGCAGUUCUGGUGUGACCGCCUGUGAUUCUUACAACCGUACUGCUGAGGAUAUUGCUCUUCUGAAAUCAGUAGGCGCUAAGGCAUACCGAUUCUCCCUCUGCUGGUCUCGAAUCAUUCCUCUCGGUGGUCGAAAUGAUCCCAUCAACCAGGCUGGAAUUGACCAUUAUCGCAAGUUUGUCGAUGAUCUCCUGGAAGCUGGAAUUACCCCUUUCAUUACUCUUUUCCACUGGGAUGUACCCGAUGAGUUGGACCGCCGCUACGGCGGUCUCCUGAACCGAGAGGAGUUUCCUCUUGACUAUGAGCGCUAUGCUCGUGUUGUUUUCGAGUCUAUCCCUCGCUGCAAGAACUGGAUCACUCAUAAUGAGCCCUGGUGCUCAGCCAUUCUAGGUUACAGCACAGGAUCUAACGCACCCGGUCGCUGUUCUGACCGCAAGAAAUCCGAUGUUGGUGACUCUUCUACUGAGCCUUGGAUUGUUGGUCACAACCUUCUUGUUGCCCACGGCCGUGCUGUCAAGAUUUAUCGUGAGGAAUUCAAGCCCAAGAAUGGCGGUGAGAUUGGUAUCACCCUCAACGGCGACGCCACAUACCCGUGGAACCCCAAGGACCCCAGAGAUGUUGAGGCUGCCGAACGCAAGAUCGAGUUUGCUAUCUCGUGGUUCGCUGACCCUAUCUACUUCGGAGACUACCCGGCCUCAAUGCGCGCCCAGCUCGGUGACCGCCUUCCCACCUUUACCCCCGAGGAAAAGGCUCUUGUUUUGGGAUCCAAUGACUUCUACGGCAUGAACCACUACACUGCCAAUUAUGUCAAGCACCGGGAGGGAGAAGCUGCCCCUGAAGACUACGUUGGUAAUCUUGAGCUGCACUUCUGGAACCACCGGGGUGAUUGCAUUGGCGAGGAGACCCAGUCUACCUGGUUGCGACCAUGCGCCCUAGGCUUCCGUGAUCUACUUGUCUGGAUUUCCAAGCGUUAUGGCUUCCCCAGAAUCUAUGUUACCGAGAACGGCACCAGCAUCAAGGGUGAGAAUGACAUGCCACGAGAGAAGAUCCUGCAAGAUGACUUCCGCGUCAAGUACUAUGACGAUUACGUGAGAGCCAUGGCCGAUGCUUCUAGACUCGAUGGCGUGGACGUUCAUGGCUACUUUGCCUGGUCUUUGCUGGACAACUUUGAGUGGGCUGAGGGUUACGAAACUCGAUUCGGCGUAACUUAUGUCGACUACGAGAAUGACCAAAAGCGUUACCCCAAGAAGAGCGCUCAACAUCUAAAGCCCUUGUUUGAUAGUCUUAUCAAGCAGGAGGAGCAUGCUGUAAAUGGGAAUGGUGUUAAGGCCGGACAGACCUGAGAAUGAUCGAAUUGAAGAAGAUCAUGAUCAUUGUUACGGUUUCCCGAAUAUGAUACUCCGAUAAAUCUAUUGCAAUUGAAUUUAAAAAAUCGAAGAUGAAUUCUAAUAAUGAGAAGUGCGACUUAUUCCCUUCACGUAUGGCAAUAUCUUUCAUUGGAACACGUUUGAAAUUGCCUACUGACCUCGCUGCCCUUUCUGUUCCACAUCCUCAUCAAUGACCUGCCUCGAGAGGUCAUCAGGUUGCAUUUGUACUUCGAUAGAACAUUGUUCUUGGGAAGUACCCUGCUCUGCUUCCUCGCUGCCACGUUCCUUGUUUCCUCUCCGCAUGUAGUAGCGAAAGACGUAUACUAGCCCCUGAGCCAUGAACACCUGUUCGAUGGUGUACAACAGUACAGGUAUUUGUAUAUAGGCUCUUGUUAGAUCAUCCGCACGUGCCCACAUUGAACUUGCUAGCGGUAUGCCCAAACUCGUUGUUUUGGCCGCUCCGCAAAAGCAUACGGCGAUCGUCUGCUCUUUAGACAUGCGCUUGAAGACUUGCCUAAGCCAGGAUGAAGACACUGUUCUGACAAAGCGCCCAGGUGGUCUGGCGAGAAAGAAGCAGAUAACUGUGAAUAGAGCAUAUAACGCAACGUUCAUAAAGACAAGGAAGAGGACGUUGCUUGUAGAUAAGUCUUUCAACGCUCCGGUGCCGAAAGCUCCAGAGAAUGUCGUCCAUACGAGCAGAACAAGACACAGUGUUGAGACCUUGGCCAGUUUGAGAGUAUUGAGAACUUUGACGGUGCGAUCCUCCCACCUCCAACGUACAGCUUGACCAACAAUAAGGGGCAAGACGACACUGAGACAUAGCUGCUUGGCUACAUCUGCAUACAUAUGUCCUAGGGUGGACGGAUCAGCAGGGCGCCAGCUGUCGAAUGCUUCAGGAUGCCCAGCUGGAAAGAAUCCGUAUAUGAGCAGAGGAGAUAGAAACGAUCCAGCAACGUUGCCGAUGACAACAGAGAUAAUGGCAGCGGCUUCGUCUCCG